GUCGCGCUGCGGGAGGAACUCAAACGGACAAACCGAAUGGAAAACGUGAAAAGAAGGAUCCGGGACCGGGAAUAACGACACAAAACCGUCAUACGAGUGCUCAUCUGCGGAUAUGAGAUGGCAUGUGACAGGACAGAAACGCUGAAGGGUGUUUCAUCUGCCUGUUAAAGCAGCACAAUGACAAACACACUCAUCUCAGAGACAUGGAUAGAGUUUGUGGAAAUCUCACUCUUUAGGGCCUGAAUCACAUCUCAACCUUCAUCACCUCAGGGUCUAGUAUCAAUCCACCCACUGGUGUCCUGAAAAAAGGAGCUGUCACUCAAACUCAUCAAGAUGAUGGACUGGUGUCUGUGCAAACACCCUCACGGGGUUUGAGCAUGCCCAGUUGCAUCUAAACUCCCCUGGUGGUGACCCGCGGGACACAGAACAUGGCCCAGACCAGUCUACUGCAGGGCAAACGCUUCUACUGCCGCGAGUGGGUGUUCCACAAGAUCCAGCAUUGCCUACAAGAGAAAACCAACAACCUCAGCGUUCCGGGAAUCACCGAAUCGCGGAACCCCACCAGCGGCACGCUCUCUGGUCCGGGGAAGGCAGGAUCGUGGGGGGUUCUGCUGGUGGGCGGGCCAGGCAGUGGGAAGACGGCAUUGUGUACAGAGUUACUGUGGCCCGGUUCCGUUCACGUCGUCCACCGCGGGCUGCACCAGCACUGUCUGGGCUUCCACUUCUGCCGGGCGGAGGAUUCGGAUACACUAUGUGCGAGCGCGUUUGUCCGUGGGCUGGUGGCUCAAAUAUGCCGAUCAGGACUCGUCCUGGAUUACGAGGAGAAAGUGCGAGAGCCGGCAGUCCAGAGCGCUCUUCAGCCGGGAGAGUGUGAGAGAAAUCCAGCCGAGACAUUCAAGAGGUGUGUGCUGUUGCCAUUGUUGAGCUGUAAAGCUCCGUCUCAGGCUCUGUUUGUGUUGGUGGAUUCAGUGGAUGAGGGCUGUUCGUCAGGAGACAGACAUCAGAGGUCAAAUAUCGCCGAGCUGCUGGCCGCCCAUCACGAGCUCUUCCCGCCCUGGCUGCUGCUGCUCUGCUCCGCUCGACGACAGAACAAGCACAUCACGAAACUCUUCACAGGUUUCCGAAAGAUCAGCCUGGAUGACCUGCGGAAGGCCUACAUUGUAAAAGAUGUGCAACAGUACAUCCUCCACCGGCUAGACCAAGAGGAGACACUACGGCAACACCUUACCAAGGAGACAGCAGAGAUGCUGAACCAGCUUCACAUCAAAAGCAGCGGCUGCUUCAUGUACCUUGAACGUGUUCUCGACGGAGUGGUUGAGAACUUUAUCAUGCUCCGGGAAAUUCGAGACAUCCCCGGAACUCUGAAUGGACUCUACCUUUGGCUCUGCCAGAGACUGUUUGUCAGAAAGCAGUUUGCCAAAGUCCAACCCAUCCUAAACGUGAUUCUGGCUGCCUGCAGACCACUGACUCUCAGGGAGAUUUAUCAUGCGGUCUGGACUAAAAGCAUGACUCUGACGAUGGAGGACUUUCACAAGAAGAUGGAUAUUCUUUCCAAGCUCGUAGUCGAUGGACUUGGCAGCACUAAGAUCUUGUUUCACUACAGCUUUGCUGAAUGGCUCCUGGAUGUUAAACACUGCACACAAAAAUACCUUUGCAAUGCGGCUGAAGGGCAUCGAAUGAUGGCUAUGAGUUACACAUGCAGAGCAAAGCAGCUGAAACCUCUGGAGGUGCAGGAGUUUGCCUACCACCUGAUCAACUCUAACCUGCAGAUCGAGCCAUUUAAUCUUGCCCUUUGGAUGGUGUGGAAUGGUACACCUGCAAAAGACUCCCUGUCCACAUCGAUACCAAAAGAACAGGAGGUACUCCAACUGCUGGUCAAAGCUGGAGCUCAUGUAAGCAAUGAAGAUGACCAUGCUUCAUGCAUCGUGCAAAAGGCCCUUGAACGUGAGGACUCUAUUCAAACUCUGUUAGAUAAUGGGGCUUCUGUUAAUCAAACUGACUCCAGUGGUAGAACUCUGUUAGCCAAUGCUGCAUACAGCGGCAGUCUGGAUGUUGUGAACCUACUUAUCUCCAGGAGAGUUAACAUGGAGUUGCAGGACAACCACGGACAGACUGCACUUACUCUUGCAGCUAGACAGGGCCACACCAAGGUGGUCAACUGUCUCAUUGGGUGUGAUGCUAACAUCAACCACACAGACCAUGAUGGCUGGACUGCCCUUAGGUCUGCAGCCUGGGGAGGUCAUUCAGAGGUUGUGUCUGCACUCUUAUAUGCAGGUGCUAAGGUGGACUGUGCAGACGCAGACAGUAGGACCGCCCUGAGAGCUGCUGCCUGGGGAGGCCAUGAGGAUAUUGUUCUCAACCUUCUUCAACAUGGAGCCGAAGUCAACAAGGCAGAUAAUGAAGGACGAACUGCACUAAUCGCUGCUGCAUAUAUGGGGCACCGAGAGAUUGUGGAGCAUCUGUUGGAUCAUGGAGCCGAGGUCAACCAUGAGGACGUGGAUGGCAGAACAGCACUCUCCGUUGCAGCUCUUUGCGUGCCAGCCAGCAAGGGUCACGCCUCUGUUGUAAGUCUACUAAUCGACCGUGGCGUGGAGGUUGACCACUGUGACAAAGACUGUAUGACCCCGCUUCUGGUGGCUGCUUAUGAAGGCCAUUUGGAUGUGGUAGAUCUGCUUCUAGAAGGAGGUGCAGAUGUUGAUCACACUGAUAACAAUGGGAGAACGCCUCUGCUUGCUGCAGCAUCCAUGGGACAUGCUUCUGUUGUCAAUACUCUGCUGUUCUGGGGUGCAGCAGUGGACAGUAUCGACAGUGAAGGCAGAACCGUGUUGAGCAUUGCAUCCGCACAGGGCAAUGUGGAGGUUGUCCGAACUCUGCUGGACAGAGGAUUGGAUGAGAACCACAGAGAUGAUGCAGGCUGGACGCCACUACAUAUGGCUGCUUUUGAAGGACACAGACAAGUAUGUGAUGCUCUCAUUGAACAAGGUGCCCCCUCCACAGAGGUUGAUAAUGAUGGACGUAUCCCAUUGAUUCUGGCUGCUCAAGAGUGCCAUUACGACUGUGUGCACAUCCUUCUAGAGAAUAAAUCCUGUAUAGACCAGAGAGGGUACGAUGGUAGAAAUGCUGUCAGAGUUGCAGCGUUUGAGGGACACAGAGAUAUUGUGGAGUUGUUGCUGAGUCAUGGGGCAGAUAUUGACUUCAAGGAUGCAGACGGUCGACCAACACUUUACAUCCUUGCACUUGAGAAUCAACUGGCCAUGGCAGAGUACUUUCUCAAAAACGGAGCAAACGUAGAGGCCAGUGAUAUGGAAGGACGAACAGCCCUACAUGUGUCGUGUUGGCAGGGCCAUGUCGAGAUGGUCCGACUGCUGAUUAACUACCAUGCAAAUGUGAACUCAUGUGAUAACGAAAAGCGAUCGGCCCUCCAAUCAGCGGCUUGGCAGGGGCACACAAAGGUUGUUCAGAUCUUGAUUGACAACAGCACUUUUGUAGAUCACAUGUGCAACCAGGGUGCUACUGCUCUUGGCAUUGCAGCUCAGGAGGGGCACAUCGAUGUGGUCCAGAUUCUUCUAGAACAUGGUGCAGAUCCUAAUCACGCUGAUCAAUUUGGUCGCACUGCCAUGAGAGUGGCAGCCAAAGGUGGUCACACUUCCAUCAUUAAACUCUUGGAGAAAUAUGGUGCCACAAGUUUCAAUGGCUGUAACCCGUCCCCCAUCCACACCAUGGAGCAACAAACACCAGUAUCAGUUGCUGGGAAAGUUCAAUCACCUACUAUAAAGUCCAGCAACUCUGGAAGCACAGGAGCCGGAGAAGUACAUUCUAUGGGUCGUGUACAAUCCAAUGGACCCGUUCACCCAUUCAGCUCCCCAUCAGGGUCUCCAGACUCGACUGUAGACCGACAGAAGUCCUCACUGUCCAACAACUCACUCAAAAGUUCAAAGAACUCUUCCCUGAGGACCACCUCGUCCACUGCAACAGCCCAGACUGUUCCCAUUGACAGCGUCCAUGCCCUCUCCUUCAUUGAGCAGAUCCAGCAGCAUUCACUGCCUCGCAGUCGCAGUCGGCAAUCCAUCGUUUCUCCAUCCUCCACAACCAGGUCCAUCAGCACUCAGCCUGGCUCCCCGACCACCGAGUUUGACUGGAGCCAGGAAAAGCCAGACCUCAAAUCAACCAAAGCAUCCAAGAAUGACAACAACUGCUCCAACAAAGGAACAUCUGGUAAGAAGUCCAAGAACAGCUCUCAUUCACAGGGUCAAAUAGUGGAGUAUGAGCUGACUCAGUUUGAUAAAAGUCUUGUGCUCAAUAAGCCAGUGUCCAGUAUUGCUGUGAAGGACCCUCAAAGUAAGAUCAUGGUGGGCAGAUCUAGUGCUCUGGAUUCUAGUCAAUCACAAGAGCAGUUUUACAUUCAGCCACAGAGCUGUGCAGAUAAGAAGAGGAAUGGAAUCAUGACCAACCCCAACUAUCACCUGCAGGGAAAUCAGGUUUGUUUUGGGAGAGUUUCAGUCCCCAGAACUGUUUCCAGUAGGGGACAUCAGGACCUUCUGGACAAUUACCCAAUAGGGGAUACAGAAUUAAGCCUUAAAGAAGCCCUACAGCUCCAGCUUGAAGGAUCAGAACCUGGAAUGAACUGCAAAAAAGAAACGCCAUUAUAACUGAUGUCUUGAUCUUUAUUUGCCAUUCAGAAAGAGACUGUGCCAAAGCAAACGCUUUCAUCUGCAAAAGAACUGAAGCCAUUGUUCCACACUUCUCUGUGGAACAUCUCACGACGAAAGGAACUUGAGAGAACUGAAGGGAAGGAGGUCGCCCAAGGGUGAUGCAAACUAAUACUUGUGCCUGUCUGCUCCAGCCUUCUUGUGUUGAUCAUAAUGCACACAGACGCUUUUUAUUUAAUGCAUUAAUAUUUAAUGGACAGUGGAUGCACUUUCUUCCUUUUAUUUUUUAAGAAAUAUUUCAAUUGUAAUUGUUUUGUUUUUUGCCUUUUGAUGCUUUUUUUCAAAUGAGUUUGUUCAAAAAGAAAUGUUUCUGAUUGUUUCAUGUUUGUUUUGUCUUGGCCUGUAUAAGUGCAAAUUGGCAGUGAUGUGCCAACUUACUGCCAAACAUCACAAACUUUCUGCCAUAUUUACAUUUUAUAACUCUAAUUAUUUAAAGUCUCCAUUUGUUGUUCAGUGCUCACAUUUCAAUCUUAGUCUUAGUUUACACUUACACAAUUUGUUUUUUAAUUUUAAAUUUUCUCCCCAAUCUGGAAUGCCCAAUUCCCAAUGCGCCCUAAGUCCUUGUGGUGGCGUAGUGUCUGGAAUGCCCAAUUCCCAAUGCGCCCCAAGUCCUCGUGGUGGCGUAGUGUCUGGAAUGCCCAAUUCCCAAUGCGCCCCAAGUCCUCGUGGUGGCGUAGUGUCUGGAAUGCCCAAUUCCCAAUGCGCCCCAAGUCCUCGUGGUGGCGUAGUGUCUGGAAUGCCCAAUUCCCAAUGCGCCCCAAGUCCUCGUGGUGGCGUAGUGUCUGGAAUGCC